AAGACCUACAGCCGUUCCCCUUCCAGCCUGCCGCUUGCCUCAGGAUGACAAGCCCACCCAGCGAUGGAGCCCUGUCUGGCGGGAGACAUUUGCGCAGGGCCCCUGGGCACGGUGCUAUAGUCAGCAGGGACUUCCAGGCAAUUGCAAAAAAGACGAACCCAUGAUUCCUCGGACGGAUAGCUGUUUCCUGCACUUGAGGAUGGAUGUUCUAGAUUCAAGACAAACCGGAAUGAUCUGGUUCAUUUAGCAAAACUCACUGAAGCAAACCCUUGUGACAUCUCCAGGCAGUUGUACCAUCCCAGAUGGAAAGAUUAGUUUGAGAGUAUGGGAUGGCAAAGAGGUUAGCAGAAAAACCUCCGAGAGGGGGCUGAAGGAAUUAGCUGCUCUCUGCCCCCUCCUGGCAGCCCGGGGCCCUCUGCCCGGGCACGCCCUGCACUAUGGACUCCCUGGGCUACAACUGCUUCGUGGACCGAGACAAGAUGGACGCUGCCAUACGGGACCUGGGGCCCAAGGAGCUGAGCGGCACCGAGCUGCAGGAGCUGAAACAGCUGGCGCGCCAGGGCUACUGGGCCCACAGUCAUGCCUUGCGGGGGAAGGUGUACCAGCGCCUGAUCCGCGACAUACCCUGCCGCACGGUCACGCCCGACGCCAGUGUGUACAGUGACAUCGUGGGCAAGAUCGUGGGCAAACACAGCAGCAGCAGCCUGCCCUUGCCCGAGUUUGUGGACAACACGCAGGUGCCCAACUACUGCCUCAACACGCGGGGCGAGGACGCCGUGCGGAAAAUCCUGCUCUGCAUUGCCAACCAGUUCCCCGACAUCUCCUUCUGCCCCGCCCUGCCCGCCGUGGUGGCCUUGCUGCUGCACUAUAGCAUCGACGAGGCCGAGUGCUUCGAGAAGGCCUGCCGCAUCCUGGCCUGCAACGACCCCAGCAAGAAGCUCAUCGACCAGAGCUUUCUGGCCUUCGAGUCUUCCUGCAUGACGUUUGGGGACCUGGUGAACAAGUACUGCCAGGCGGCCCACAAGCUGAUGGUGGCCGUGUCGGAGGACGUCCUGCAGGUCUACGCGGACUGGCAGCGAUGGCUGUUUGGGGAGCUGCCCCUCAGCUACUUCGCGCGCGUCUUUGAUGUCUUCCUGGUGGAAGGGUACAAGGUGUUGUACCGCGUGGCCCUGGCGAUCCUCAAGUUCUUCCACAAGGUGAGAGCCGGGCAGCCGCUCGAGUCAGACAACGUGAAGCAGGACAUCCGUGCCUUCGUCAAGGACAUUGCCAAGACCGUGUCUCCGGAGAAGCUGCUGGAGAAGGCCUUCGCCAUCCGCCUCUUCUCUCGGAAGGAGAUUCAGCUCCUACAGAUGGCCAACGAGAAAGCCCUGAAGCAGAAGGGCAUCACCGUCAAGCAAAAGAGUGUUUCACUUUCUAAAAGGCAGUUUGUGCAUCUGGCUGUCCACGCGGAGAACUUCCACUCAGAGAUUGUCAGUGUGAAGGAGAUGAGAGACAUCUGGUCGUGGAUCCCUGAGCGGUUCGCCCUCUGCCAGCCCCUCCUGCUCUUCUCCUCACUGCAGCACGGGUACAGCCUGACCAGGUUCUAUUUCCAGUGUGAAGGACACGAGCCCACCCUCCUGCUCAUCAAGACCACGCAAAAGGAGUACCCAGGGCCGCCCUCUUUCCCUGGGGGUGCAGGCCCUCCUGAAAUAGCCUGGCUGCUUAGAGGAGCAUUGCAGAAAUGCCUAGUGAGCAAGGCCCUGCCUCUUCCUGCCGCGGUGGGCCAGUGCCAGGUGUGUGGAGCUUACCUGUCAACAGACUGGAGCGAGAGAAAUAAGUUUGGCGGCAAACUGGGCUUCUUUGGGACUGGAGAAUGCUUUGUGUUUAGGCUGCAGCCCGAGGUCCAGCGUUAUGAGUGGGUGGUCAUCAAACACCCGGAGCUGACCAAGCCAGUGUCCUUGGACACCGUGGCCUCCCCGUCCCUGCUCUCCCACUCCACGUCCUUAUCCACGACCACAUCAUCGUCCGCGUCCUCAGACCCUGCUGACCGCCUCUCACCCUUCCUGGCCACUCGGCACUUCAACCUGCCCUCCAAGACCGAGUCCAUGUUCAUGGCUGGAGGCAGUGACUGCCUCAUCAUAGGUGGAGGUGGCGGCCAGGCACUCUACAUCGACGGGGACCUGAACCGGGGCCGCACAGGCCACUGCGACACCUUCAACAACCAGCCCCUCUGCUCUGAGAACUUCCUCAUCGCUGCCGUGGAGGCCUGGGGUUUCCAGGAUCCUGAUACCCAGUGACAGGCCUGCACUGACGGUGACGGAGCUGCCACUGUGGGGGGGGGCCCGGGGGGGACAGUGGCCAGGCCCCCUCUUCAGGGAGGAGACAGUGAGUGAAGACCCCCUCCACGUGCAUGGACAGCGUUGGGUGCAGCUGGGGCUCUGGUGCUGGACAGAAGUGGCAGGGGCUCCGUUGGCCAGGCCUGUCCCUCCUGGCCCUGCGGGGACUUGCUCAGACUUGCCAUUGCCUGCACCUUGGACUCAGGCCCUGGCUGUCCUCUGUGCCCAAGGCCUGGAAGGGGCUUCGUCUUGCAGCCCCUGAGCCUUCCUCCCUUGGUGAUGAUUCAGAAGGCUGGGAAGGCAGAAGGAAGCUGCAGCCUAACGUGGGUGUAUGGCACCCCCUGCUGGUGCCUCUUAGCAUGGCUCCCGGGCAGGGUGCUGCAGCCUCCUGCCUGGCCUGCUGCUGUGUGUGUUGGUUUGGAGAAGAGAAAGGUGCCCUGGGGACCGUUCCUUGGCAGGAGCAUCUGCCUGGGGCUUCUGACCUAGUUCUGUCCUCCCCACACUGGCCUCCUGGGGCCGCCUCUUAGACAGUAGCCACAAGGUGAAACCGGUUGAGGAGGAGGAGAAGAUCUGUGCUGAGCUCUGGGCCCCUCCCAGGGGAGGGCCAAAGGCCAGUGGAAUGAAGGGCCAAAAGGGACAUCAUGUGUCCUUGUGUUUCUGCAGAGCCUGAAGCUUCUGAUGGGUCUCGUUGUGUAUUCACACUUGGAGAGGCUACCCAGGAUGGCCAGGGGAGGGCCCUCUGCGACCAACCCCAAAUCAGCCAACUCCGUUUCCCGGUGCUUGCCUGGAGAAGCCUAGACCCAUGGACCCAUCUCCAGCCCUUUCCCUCUCCAGACGGAGCCUCCUACAGUCUCUGCAGUGGCCCCAUUUCUCCUCCAUGUCGCUGUAGUGACCUGGGCCCCAGGAUCCCAUCCAGACUCCUCAGAGUGGCGUGCUGGUCUUAUCCAGCCCUACGCACCUCCCCUUCAUCGGGCCCACAUGCCCGUGUACCAGACUGCACCCUCCCCAGUUCCCUGCCCAUGUGACACCUUUACCACGCACCCGUUUGCAUGGCAUGUGUCCUCCCUCUGCGACCCUCUCAGCUCUGUGGUCGGCCACAUAGCAUGGUUUUCUUGUGCUGCCACCUCACCC